AUGUCGCUGCAGGUCCCCUACCGCGGAAAGGCCUCUGGAGAGUCUUCCACCAAGGCCGUUAUUCUGGUCGGCGGUCCUUCCCGCGGUACUCGAUUCCGUCCUCUCUCUCUCGACGUCCCCAAACCUCUCUUCGAAGUCGCCGGCCACCCCAUCAUCUGGCACUGCCUGGCUGCCAUCGACCGAGUCCCCGGCAAGGAGAUCACCGAGGUCCUCAUUAUCGGUUACUACGAAGAGUCCGUCUUCCGCGACUUCAUCAAGGAUGCUGCCAGCGAGUUCCCCAACCUGACCAUCAAGUACCUGCGCGAAUAUGAGGCUCUGGGUACUGCUGGUGGUCUCUACCACUUCCGCGAUCCCAUCCUCAAGGGCCACCCCGAGCGCCUCUUCGUAUUGAACGCCGAUGUCUGCUGCUCCUUCCCCCUCCCCGAGAUGCUCCAGCUCUUCCAUGACAAGAACGCCGAAGCUGUCAUUCUUGGGACCCGCGUCUCCAACGAGGCUGCCACCAAUUUUGGCUGCAUCGUCAGCGACGCCCACACCCGUCGCGUCCUCCACUAUGUCGAGAAGCCCGAGUCGCAAAUCAGCAACCUCAUCAACUGCGGUGUCUACCUCUUCUCCACCGACGCCAUCUUCCCCUCCAUCAAGACCGCUAUCAAGCGCCGUACCGACCGCCCUUCGCGCCUCGCCUCCUACCCGAGCUCCGAGAACCUCGAGAACAGCUUCAUCAUAGCUGACGACGACGAGGAGCGCAAGAACCAAGUCAUCCGCCUCGAGCAGGACAUCCUCAGUGACUUUGCCGAUACCAAGUCCUUCUUCGUCUACGAGACCAAGGACUUCUGGCGCCAGAUCAAGACGGCCGGCUCCGCCGUUCCUGCCAACGCCCUCUACCUCCAAAAGGCCUGGCAGACGGGCUCCAAGGAGCUCGCCGAGCCCAGCGCAAACAUCAUCCCUCCCGUCUUCAUCCACCCCACUGCCCACGUCGACCCCACUGCCAAGCUGGGCCCCAACGUGUCCAUCGGACCGCGCGUUCACGUCGGUCCUGGUGCCCGCAUCAAGGAGGCCGUCGUCCUCGAGGACUCGGAGAUCAAGCACGACUCGUGCGUUCUCUACUCCAUCAUCGGAUGGGGCAGCCGCGUCGGCGCCUGGGCGCGUGUCGAGGGCACACCCACUCCCGUCGGCAGCCACACGACCAGUAUCAUCAAGAACGGCGUCAAGGUCCAGAGCAUCACCAUUCUGGGUAAGGACUGCGGUGUGGGUGAUGAGGUCCGUGUGCAAAACUGUGUCUGCCUGCCGUUCAAGGAGUUGAAGAGGGACGUCGCAAACGAGGUCAUCAUGUAA